UAAAGGGACAGGCAGGGAAUGACAAGAAGAGCAUCCACCGCCUGACCAAGCUAGCACACGUAGACCAUCAGAGAUCAAAACAUAAACAGAGCAUUCGUCUGUCCUCGUAAAUGUGUCAUGCGCGCAACAGACAGUCAUUAAAUAUCCGGUAAAUCAGGAAUAUUGUUCUGUUGCUCUCUGUAUUGGAGGUUGUCGUCUGACAACGACAAUACAGACUACAGAUAAUAUAUGGGCUAUUGAACUCAGUAAUAUUUAUAUUUCUAGAUAUUAAUGUAGUGCAAUUAUGCAAUUGUAAAAUAGGCUACUGUUGAUAUAAAUACUGAAAUAUGGGUUCUAGAUUAAGCAGACAGAGUAGUCUGGACAAUGAGAAUUUUACGAAAAGGCGUCGUAAGCAUCUUGACAGUACAGGAGAAAGCGACAGAGGUGGAAUUCGAGGCAGCGGCGACUUUCUUUUUACAAUGAUUCUGAAAUCAGACAAACUGCCGGGGAUGCUGCGAAGGUCCAACCACAGUCCCUACGUGAGGCGAGUGGCAUGGAUCCGAGACAUACAAAAGCUGCUCCGUGAUCGCAGGAUAGAUCAAGCAACCGACGUGCUCAAACUAUUGAGGAAGGAUCUGGGCUUGGAAGGCACAUCCCUCAAUGACAUCUUAUAUAAGAACGCUGCUUUUCUCAACCUGGUGGACCCCAUCUCCCAUGAGUUGUUGCUCAGCCUGGCUCGUGAGAUGCAGUGUCCCAAGAAGAAGGAUGCUGACACCAUCAAGUCGUCAGAUAAGAUUUGCAGACAGCUGAUCUACCACCUGACCCCUCACUCCAAGUGGCUCAGACAGAGCAUGUCCAGACGGAAGUCCCAGGCCUGUCUCAAGACAACCCUGCAGAGAAAAGUAUCCACUGACACAGUUGACUUGUCUGGCAUACCUCUCUCCAGUCGAGAUGUUCGCCACGUGGCCUUCUACCUUCAGAACAGUGGGGAUGCAGUGGUGGCUGUGGAUAUCAGUUUCACUGAGCUCCAAGAUGAGAACCUCCGUGUCCUGCUACCGGUCCUGGGGUCUCUGCCCAAACUCAACACCCUGGCCCUCAACGGCAACCGGCUGACCCUGGCCAUAGUCAAAGACUUGACUGAGAUCCUGAAAGACCCAAAGAAGUUCUCCAGCCUGGCUUGGAUUGAUCUGGGCAACAACUUUGACAUUUUCACCAUGCCCCAGCCCCUGUUAGUGGCCCUGCGACGCCGCUGCAGCCUGAAGAGCAGCUUGCCCACCAUCUAUGAGUACACAGAGGGCCAACCCUACUGCUACCACAUGGAGACCUCCAUUGAGGAACCCAGCCACUACGAGGAGGAGGAGGCAGGGGAAGAGGAGGGGGAGGAAGAUGAAGACGAGCUGGAGCCAUGGGCUAUAGGGGGGAAAAAGAUUUCAAAGGACUUCACACUACACUACUGUGAGAGGUGAUGAGUUGAAGUCCCCCUGGCUCGGUUCAGCUGUGUUUGAAAGGCCUUCCCACAGCUUCAAGUUCCUACCUUUCCCAUGUUGCCCUUUACACCAUGAGCCCAGUCAGCCAUUGUGGCACGAGGGAUGUUUAGCGCCACACAUUCCAGAGACCAUCGUUCCAACACAGCCACCAAUUAAUUUCUCACCAUCUAUGAGUUAACCCACACAAGACCACUGCAGUAACUGAUUAUGUUGGUGACUUACUGUGUUGGUGGAUGGUGCUCCUGGGAACGAGGUGCGGUUUCAUUGGAGGUGGGCUAGAAGAAUUUAGGAAAAGGUGCUCUCUCUCUCGCCCUCUUAAAGUAGCAGCUGUGGAGCAAAUCCCAAGGACUUCGGAUCAGACGGCUUGACGGAGGAGCGGCAUAACGCUGGUGGUCUAAUGAGCUGCUGUUGGUUUGGAAGCAGUAGGUUCUCUACCAGGACUGUCACUGAGACUAUCCCUGGCAGGCAGGGCCUAGCUCCACAUUGUGUGUUCUCUGUUAAUCUCUCAACAAAGGCUAUGAAACAAGUUCAACAGACUAUACAGCCGACGAACCGUCACGUGAUUCUGGCAAAACUGCUAAGUCAAGACUUUUUGCCCCCCCCACCCCCCCCUUUGAAAUGUCCACUUGUGAAUACCUACGUAGAUGUAAAUGAUGACACAAAACAGGGCUCUGUUGUGUUUCCACAGGCUAUUUUAGUGCACUGCUGGUGAAUAAAGCCAUCUUAGAAGACAACCGGUCGGACUCAACAAUAGACUGAUUGUUUGCUGUUGCCAAAACUCUGAGAUUCACCACUGUAUUUUGCUGUUUUAGUCAUUAUCAUUUUAGAACACAUGUGGGAUGAAUGACAGUGCAGACAAGCCCCAAGGGUGGACUCAUUCAUCUCUUUGUAGUGAGGAACGUACCAAAUGGAAUCACAUACUGACACCCUUUGUACUGAUUUGUCGUUAUUAACAUUUAUAUGUGCGUUUGUUUAUAUGUGUGUUUGUUUAUUGUGGGAGAAACAUAACUGUUACAUAUCAGUUGUAGGCUAUUACCAGGACUGAUAAUCAGCAGGGUGGGCUGAGUGUAGUGCUGGAUAGUGGUGGUCUAUGAAAUAGCACAUAAUAGUUCAGUUGGGUUUACCAACUACAGCUGAGCUCCAUGCUGUAUUGCACUUUAAGAAAUGUGAGAAAUGGAUUUGACUUCAGAUCCAUUUCAUUCUCUCAUUGAUGCAUAAAGCUUUUUACCAAUUCAUCCUAAUAUCAAUAUCGAUUUUUCACAAUGAUAUUUCAGAAGCUUAACCACACUGACACCAUAAUAUACAUAAAGGUAUUUCAGCAAACUGCUAUUAAUAGAGUCAAUGCAUUAACAAUAAUUGAAUAACUGGAUGUAAUAUACUGGUAUCAUCUGAUUGAAUAUGUGUGAGGGUGUUUAAUGUGUGUUUGCUGUUGUAUAAUGUCUGAUUACUGUUGUAACUGUUUGUAUUAUUAAUCGUAAUUAUUUCAUUGUGAAAAUGAGCACUCUAACCUCUGCUGGAACAAUUAGGGGACACACAAGGGCAAGGUAUUAAUAAACUAAUGACAUACCGCUAGCAACAAAUGUUCCCCAUUUCACUGACAUUAAAUGUACACUGAAAUGUAGCACAGGAAAUCACUUUUCAUGUACAAUAUGUGUAUGUUUAAAAAAUAUCAAAGGUGUUGUAAUGGUUUUAUGGGACUAUGGUAGGAAAAUACUUUGCUCACACUGUAUAUGUUAGCAUUGUGUGUCAUUGUUAUACUAUUUGUCAACUCUGGGUCAUUGUAUCUGUAUGUGGUGCCAUACUUAGAAUGAGAUUUUACUGCCAAUAAAAUGUGACUCUAAGCAA